UCCGGGGCUGGGUUUGCUGCGGACGCGAAGCGUAAAAAUUAACCCGGAAAAAACGAGGCGCCGGAGCCACACGCCCCCGGCUCCCGAUGUGAUCGCAGCGCCGGAGCCGCGCGGAGCCCGCAGCGCCCGGCUGGCCAUGCCCCGGGGGCGCAGCCCCAGCCCCAGCCCCCGACGCCGCCCGCAGACGCCGCUGGGGUGAUGCUACAAGAAGCCCGGAAUGCCUUAUGUGGAUCGACAGAAUCGUAUCUGUGGGUUUCUAGACAUUGAAGAAAAUGAGACCUGCGGCAAGUUUCUGCGAAGAUAUUUCAUCCUGGACACCCAGGCCAAUUGUCUUCUGUGGUAUAUGGACAAUCCCCAGAAUCUGGCUCUCGGGUCAGGAGCUGUUGGAUCUUUGCCGCUGACCUAUAUAUCCAAGGUCAGCGUCGCCACCCCAAAACAAAAACCAAAAGUCCCAUUCUGCUUUGUUAUCAAUGCUUUAUCUCAGCGGUAUUUCUUACAAGCCAGCGAUCAAAAGGACCUACAGGACUGGGUGGAGGCUCUGAACCGUGCCAGCAAGAUUACGGUGCCAAAGAGUGGUAGUUUGCCCCCAGCCACAGAGAUUACAAAGCCCCCCAUUGCACCCCAAGCCCAGGAGAAGAAACCGCAGGUGGCCUACAAAACGGAGAUCAUUGGAGGGGUGGUUGUGCACACACCUAUCUCUGUCAAUCAGAAUGGAGGGGAAGGAGCAGACGGAGGCGACUUGGCCACUCACCCUCUUCUGAGACGCUCCCAGAGCUACAUACCCACCUCUGCCUCCAAGCCAUCCACAGGGCCACCCGUCCUCAAAAGUGGCUACUGUGUGAAGCAGGGGAAUGUGAGGAAGAGCUGGAAACGCCGGUACUUUGCUCUUGACGACUUUACCAUCAGUUAUUUCAAGUGCGAGCAGGACAAGGAGCCCUUGCGUUCGAUCCUUCUCAAGGACGUCCUCAAGACCCACGAAUGUCUAGUCAAAUCCGGUGACCUUCUCAUGCGGGACAAUCUCUUUGAAAUCAUAACAAGCUCCAGGACAUUCUACAUCCAGGCAGACAGCCCUGAGGAUAUGCACAGCUGGAUCAAAGCAAUCACAGAGGCGAUGCAGGCCCUGAAAAGCCGCCCAAGGGAAAUGUCUUUCGUGAGAUCCAUUUCUUCUAUGAGCAGGCCUGGGGGCUCCAAUCUUUCAAGCUCCUUGAUCCCCUCCUUGCCCCGAAUGAGACACCCAGGGGAGGAGAGGAAAGCACUCUGCAAAACACCUUCCACCCCGUCCUGGCAGCCUUGGACACCAGUGCCGCAGCCAGGAGGGAAGCAGCCCGUGAUCGAGGAGAUGCCCGGGUAUAUGAGAGACUCGGUGUUUGUGCCCUCCUUCACAGAGAGUGACGCUGGAGCCAUGCAGCAGAGGCGUGUACGGCACAGAUCUGAACCCCAGCACAUUAAAGAGAAGCCAUUUGUGUUUAACCUGGACGACGAGAACAUCCGGACCUCUGAUGUGUAACCAAACCCAGGCUCUUUUCGCCUUCAGGUUUUUUUUAAAUGAUGAACUCUGUUGAUAGCAGUUUAAUGCAAAGGUACCUUGAUUCUACCCCAGACACGUGUCGUGGUACCGAGCCAGCCUAGCACUCCACUUGUGUAAUAACCAUUGCAAUGUGAUGCACUCGGUCUGCUGAAACAGAUCAGAGUUUGGACUGAAAGAGCUGGUCUCCUCAGUACAAGUGUGGAUACAUGUGCUAAGCACAUUGGGCCGGAUUAAUCGCUGGUGAAACUCCAUUUAAUUGCCCGGGAUGAAUUUGUCCUGUUUUUGCCAACUCUCUCCAGUGAUACGAGCUUUAGGUAGAGCCACUUCCCUUGAUAGUGUUGCUUUCCCAGAAAAGGAAGUGGCGGUCACAUAUUUGUGACAGUUCCCCUCUCCUCACUCGUCGCCGAAAGCCCACGUUUAACAGCCCGUUAGGUUUCUUUGUGUACAACCACGCUGCCAGAGUGGUGAAGCAGCUGCUGGCGGAAGGCAGUGAGAACUGUCAGUAGCAAAGGCAGCUCUUUGUUUUAUUAGGAGGACAUCCCUGUGACUUGGUGAUCUUAAACCCAUUUUGUGCUCACUUUGUGCAGGCAUAAAUGAUGACCACACAGGGUGUAAAUUGGGAAGCAUCAGCCCCCGGUGCCUAAUCUGACAAAACAGCACUACCUUUAGCAAAUACCGUGGUUCUGAAUUCUUGGGAAUCAUGCAGGAAAUAUAGGACAAGAUAUUGUCAAGGGCACAGAGGGCAGUUAGGUGCCCAGUUCUCAUGGACUUUCAGUAGGAGAUGGAUGCUUAACUCUUUCCCAUUUGUGCCUUUGAAAGUCUCCCCCAUACAGGCCAAAAAGGAAUUAGUGGGUCACACUAGGAAAUCUGCUGUGUUUAUAAAAAGAAAGAACACUGCAACUUGAAAACAGUUUUCUAGGAGACCAGCUCUUCACAGUGGCCAACUAACAAUGUAUUAACAAAUCUAUUUUCUUUGUAGUAACUCCUUUCUGUCCGUGGCCUUUACAUGAUGUCAGACUCUGGAGAAAGCUCCUUGUUCAGACUUAUGUAACGCUUCAUGCGUUGAUGAUAACAAACAUGUUUCUUGGUAUAUAUAUAUAUUUUUUUUUAAAUGUGAGUCAAGGAUAGCACCACUUCUUUGCAGACUAGGUGUAACUGAAUAUCUGUGGCAAGAAUAUUCUCAGGUAUGUAUCCAAUCUUGUAUUGCAUACACUUGGGCACAAAGAUUUAAUUAAAAUGCCUGAAUCUUGAAGUAUUAAUUAAUAUGUAGUGAAAGCAGAAUAUUUACAAUGAAAUUUGGAUGAUUUGGCCAUCCAACCAGCAUGCACUCUCGACCUUU